CUCGUGAAAGGGGAUACAAAAAGUGUCUAUAAAGGACUUAUUCAUUUCUUUUUGCUAUUACAAUAAUUUUAUUUUGAAGGUCAGUUUUACAUAAAGUGUAAAUCUGGUUUUGUUAUUUGUAAUGCUAACAGAUAUUGAUGAGUUAUUUAUUUGAGUUGGUCUGUGACAUUCCUAACCUACCAGCCAUUAAUAGCCAGUGCAUAUCCUUUGCUGCUCGCCUUGACCAUUUGGUUAAUGUGCUUCUUUGAGCCCCUUGUCUGGUGUAAAACAUAGUGGUAAAACUAUGCCCAGCGGUGUUUUAAAUUCGUGGCUUUUAAAAAUGUAAUUGUAAACUGCUGCGGUGGUUCCCUAAAUUGAGGUCUAGGGCAUUGACAGGACAGGUGUCCCUGGCAUCCUGCCUGGGGUUCCAUGAAAGUAACUACCCAUUACACAUUUCAUUCAAGCUGGUUUUAAAACAACUUUUCGUCAACAUUUCAAUUUUAAGGAUUCUUGGACGCAUCUAGAACAUCAUAUACAGCAGUAACCAACUGAUACUGUACGGGCCAAAUGUUAAACCGGAAGUUGUUUUGCUAAAGACCAAGCGUCACCAUGGUAACGAAGACAACGCGGAUGUUAGUAACAUUUCAGUUCACGAGAGAAACGGAGUAAAGCAGAAUUCAUUGAUUCUAAAUAGUAUAGAGAAGAAAACAUUAAAGCCAUCAAAAGAAGCAGGGAUUCAUUAAAUAAGACGUAAGCAGUCGACAGGAAAAGGCGCAGAAGGAGAAAUGUGGAGGAUAUAGAAGAAGUCUAUGAUCCUUUGAAGUGGAGUCCAGACUGAAUAAAUACAACAGAAUUCGUGGAAACAAUACAAAAAAAAAAAAAAUGGAAUAAUGAUUUAUUUUUUAACCAAUGCGGUAAUCUCGAUUACUGCAUUAACUUUUUUAAAUUUUAUUCUAAUAUUAGCCAGACUUUUGCAAAGCGCUGUAAAGGAAUUGGGAUUCUACUGACUGUGACCCCUCACCUGGGAGGUUUGGGGAUGAAACAUGGCGUCAAGAGUUUUUUCGGUCAUGCUGCGGUCUACACAAAAGUUUAAACGAGCUGGAAAACCACCCAAGAACUUUUUGGAAAGACUGCCGUCUGAGAUCCUGAUAAAGAUUCUGUCAUACCUGGAUGCCUCAACUCUUUUCACACUUAGUGUUGUCAGUAAACACUUCCACACACUCGCCAAUGAUAAUCUUCUUUGGAGAAACAUAUAUCUGGCUGAGUUUGGCAAAGAUGAGAAGAAGAGACUAAAGAGGGUCGAUGACGUGCUGCUCAAGAUGGCCAAAAUGGAGCUGCAGAAGUGCGCUGACGGCCACUGGAAGCUGCUGUUCUUCAAGACGUUGGCAGCGUGUGACAUGAACAAGUGGAAAAGACGCCUCAGAGUCAUAAGUCAACACACGGGCCUGCCAAGUCAAACAGAGCAGGUUCUCAGAAACCUGAAUGUCACCUGGGAGCUGACAGUAUCAGAUAAGUCAGGCCGUGAAGACACACUGGAGCUGAGGCUGUGCCAGUUCUGCGAGACAUCUGUGUAUCUGUGCUUUGAGGCUGGAGGCUGUUCGCUCAGCUACCAGCAGAUUUCCACUCUUCAACUCCAUGGUGUCAGGAGGAUCGCCCUCAGCUGCCCUGGCCUAAAGAACCCUGGCUGGAGGUCCCUGAUGGCCAAGUUCAACAUGCAGACUUUAAGUAAAAACGCGCAGCUUAUUGGUCAGGACAAACUCAUUCAACUGAAGCUACUGCAGCCUGGAAUCAUUGUCUGUACCUGGAAGGGCCAGCAUUCCAUCGCCUUCAUCAUGCUAACCCUUCACUACUACAGGCUAGUGGAAAGGAGCAUUCAAGGAUCACCUAUUAGCCCCUUUGUGGAGUCGAUAGACAGACCACCUUUUGAUGACGUGGACCCCCAAUAUGGUCUCCAUGGUUACCAGCUACACAUUGUUCUCCACAACACCAUGGACACACUCAUGUCUGAAAGAUUUACCCAGCUCUCCUGCCACAGAACUGAGAUCCGUGAAGGCCUGAUUAGGCUAACUGCCAUUAGCAAGACAAACCUGUCUCUGCACACCCGUCUGACAGGAAACAUCAACCUGCCCUGGAGGUGUGAGGUCCUGAAAGCUGCAGUGGAGAAUUGUUGCAUCAUGAGUCUGACUCUGCUGGAUGAGUUCAGGAAACCCUUUUGGUGCAUUUCCUCUCCCGUCUUCUUGAAGCCAGAAAACGUGUCUGCCUCCUAUGACUACGACGGCGACCACUUUCAGAUCCACUACAGUCACCCCGACGGUCUGGUGAAGAUAGGUCUGGUCUGGCUAAUGGAACAGAAGCAGUUUGUGGUCAUAAGUUUAAAAAUCUACGUGAGUGUUUCCAAGGUCAAUGAGCAUUUCCACAGAGAGUACUGAACCCCACGGUGCUCUGGGAAAAUUUCAGUUGUCGUUGUUUUUAGCCACUCAGGAUUGUUUUGGACGGUGUGGAACUAUUGUGUUCUCUCACCGAAGAGUGGCCCAGACCUGAGUGUUCAGCUGCUGAUAUUGAAUCAGGUUUUACUUCAUAAAACACUCAUUGUACGUCACACGCCUCAAUUUUCUUUUUACCUUGUGUUCUUUGUCAAAAUCCAGUCCUCAAAUGUAUUUUUUAUUGUUCAUUUCUAUUUAUGUAGAGCAACCGGUACGUAGAAAAGUGCUGAGUUUAAAAACCAUUCACUGUUUGACCUCAUCACUGCAUUUUUUGAAAUGCUGAAUAUGUUUGCAUUGUUAAAUCAAAUGAAAAAUAUAAAAAAGUUAUUGAAAAAUAACAGAACUGAGUCCAGUAAUUAAGUUGUUGUUCCAGAUAAUUUUC